GCUCCAAAAAUCUUUCAUUGCUAUUGGUCCAUGUAGGGAUCUUGCGUUUUCAGAAAUAACUACGCAACAAUCCUGACUCUCGAUUUGAUUGGUCUUUUCUGGAGCCAAAUUAGAACCAAUGGAAAACUCGUUCCUGACCCCACCCCUACAAGAGCUUAUAAAGGCUUUCUUCUUGGUUCUCUUUCAAUCUUGCUUUAUUGCGAGGUUCUGAAGUUUUAUCUGUUUUUAACUUGUAUAUUAACUAUGUCUGGCCGCGGAAAGCAGGGAGGCAAAGCUCGCGCUAAGGCCAAGUCGCGAUCAUCCCGCGCUGGCCUUCAGUUCCCAGUGGGGCGAGUGCACCGCUUGCUGCGCAAAGGUAACUACGCCGAGCGGGUUGGGGCCGGCGCGCCCGUCUAUAUGGCGGCGGUCCUCGAGUACCUGACCGCCGAAAUCCUGGAGUUGGCUGGUAACGCAGCCCGGGACAACAAGAAGACGCGCAUCAUCCCCCGUCACCUCCAGCUGGCCAUCCGCAACGAUGAGGAGCUGAACAAGCUAUUGGGCAAAGUCACCAUCGCCCAGGGCGGCGUCUUGCCUAACAUCCAGGCCGUUCUAUUACCAAAGAAAACUGAAAGCCACAAAGCCAAAAGUAAAUAAACCCAGACAAA